AUGAAUGAUGUACCAGUGUUGAAGUAUUUGAAGGAUUUAGGGAUUGAUGUUAAGGACUUGGAUGGUGUUUUUGAGAAAAGAAGAGUUCCUGCAUCCAGUGUUAAGUUAAAAUGGCAGUUUGAUGAAAUGAAUCAAAUCUGGCCUUUAAAUUUUCAUCCUGAUAAAACCAUGGAACAAAUGUACAACAACCAAAUGUUUACUGACCAAGAGUUGCAAAGACACCAGGAGUAUCUGCAACUGGCUUUGAGGUUAAGCCAGGAAAACAUUACCAAAAUCCUGCAAGACAAAUAUAUCACCACCAGUCCUCAAUCCAAGGCAGCACCAAGUAUAUUCCAGAAGUACCAGAAAAAUCCAGAAACUUGCCAGGAGACUUUUACCAAUCGUGGUGCACUUGCAGUUGAUCCUGCCAUCGAUUCCAUUGUUGCUGUUGGAUAUGAUUUGAGGCAAUUGCAUCCUGCACAGCAUUGUUGUCUGGUUCUGGUUGAUAAUGUUGCCAAGGGACAGAAUGGAGGUGCUUGGAGUGGUGGGAUGUUUGAAACAGAUCCUACCGCCGAUUUAAAGUCUGAAUCAAUUAAAGAAGAUAUGGACGAUGACCUCAACACUAAAGGAGUGUCUGAGUGUUUUAAAAAAUUAAUAUUAACCGAUAACUGCCAAUUCAAAAUUGGUUCUAGGCCUGUUAUUGCACCAAAACAAAACUCAGGUUUAUCAAGAUUCCCUCGAUGCAUUUCAGUUCCUGAAAGUAUAUCGAUGGAAAUGUUUAAUACAAAUUGA